AUGGCCACGUUGGCUUGCCGGGUACAGUUCUUGGACGACACGGAUCCUUUCAACAGCACCAACUUCCCCGAGCCCAGCCGGCCGCCGCUGUUCACGUUCCGGGAGGACCUCGCGCUAGGCACCCAGCUGGCCGGGGUCCACCGGCUGCUGCGGGCUCCGCACAAGCUCGACGACUGUGCGCUGCAGCUCUCCCACAAUGGCGCCUACCUGGAUUUGGAAGCAACGCUGGCAGAGCAGCGGGACGAGUUAGAAGGCUUCCAGGAUGACGCUGGGAGGGUCAAGAAGAACAGCAUCAUCCUAAGGACACAGCUGUCAGUGAGGGUCCAUGUCUGCAUUGAAAAACUAUACAACUCCAAUGGACGAGAUUUAAGAAGGGCUCUUUUCUCUCUGAAGCAGAUAUUUCAGGAUGACAAGGAUUUGGUUCAUGAAUUCGUAAUGGCUGAAGGUCUGACAUGUUUGAUUAAAGUGGGCGCUGAGGCCGACCAGAAUUAUCAGAACUACAUCUUAAGGGCUUUGGGCCAGAUUAUGUUGUAUGUGGAUGGGAUGAAUGGAGUAAUAAACCACAAUGAAUCCAUUCAGUGGCUGUACACUCUCAUUGGGUCAAAGUUCCGUCUGGUGGUGAAGACAGCCCUGAAGCUGCUGCUUGUCUUUGUGGAGUACUCCGAGUCCAAUGCACCUCUUUUAAUCCAGGCUGUCUCUGCUGUUGACUCAAAAAGAGGAGUCAAACCCUGGUCAAAUAUUAUGGAAAUCCUGGAAGAAAAAGAUGGGGUUGACACGGAGCUGCUGGUUUAUGCCAUGACUUUAGUAAACAAGACGCUGUCAGGACUCCCAGACCAAGACAGCUUCUACGACGUGGUAGACUGUCUGGAGGAGCUGGGCCUUGCGGCUGUAUCACAGAGGCAUUUGAGCAAAAAAGGGACUGACCUGGACUUAGUGGAGCAGUUCAACAUUUAUGAGGUGGCACUCAAGCAUGAGGAUGGAGAUGAGACAGCCGAGCUGCCCCCCAGCGGCCGCCGAGACCGGAGGAGGGCCAGUGUGUGUGCCGGUAGCAGCAGCAGUGGUGGCAGUGGCAGCGAACACCGGGGUCUGGACCGCAGGAGGAGCCGUAGGCACUCAGUACAGAGCAUUAAGAGUACCGUGUCUGCUCCCACCAGCCCCUGCUCCCAGCUGGCUCCUGGCUUCAAGCCCAGUCAAGUUCAUCAAAUUGAGGAGAAGGAGGAGGAAGAGGAAGAGGAGCAGCCAAUUACAGAGCCCAAUUCAGAGGAAGAGAGAGAGGACCCUGCUUCCUGUCAGGGCGAGGACAGCGAGCCCAGCCCUGUCUCAGAGCAGAACCCUACCACAAAGCAUGAUGCUCCCAACAGGCCAGCCCUCCCAGAAUCCCAGAGAAAGCAGCUUCCUGACAACACUGCAGUGGAGAGCCCCUUGGGCAGUGGGGCCUCAGGGCCUGCCCUGCUGCUACCCCCGACUUCUCAGACCACCUCCACUUCUACCUCCACCACAGCUGGCCCCCUAAAGGCAUCACCAACAGUGGUAGAAAAGCUGCCCUACGUGCCCCACAGCCCCUUCCACCUCUUCUCCUAUGACUUUGAGGAUUCUCCCUUAUCCACCAAAGAAAAGGACACAGAGUCCCAGAAGGAAAACAGUUCCACUGAUUCCGUCCAGUUGAACACACAUUCUGCCUCUGAACCUUACAACUUUCGGUCUUUCUCUUCUAAUAGAUACAGCAGCUUUGGCAACAACUCUUACAACUCCUCAAGACCCUCUGGAACUAGUGUGCCCACCACCCCUACAUCAUCUCUUUCGCCCCCUCAGGAGGCCAGGCUGGACAGGUCAUCAGUGAGUGGACUUCUCACCUCGUCCUUUAGGCAGCACCAAGAGUCCUUGGCAGCAGAGAGGGAGAAGCGGCGGCAGGAGAGAGAAGAAAGGCUACAGAGAAUAGAAAGGGAAGAAAGAAACAAAUUCAGCCGAGAGUAUUUAGACAAAAGAGAAGAGCAAAGACAAGCAAGAGAAGAAAGAUACAAAUACUUGGAGCAGUUGGCAGCCGAAGCACAUGAGAAGGAGCUGAGAAGCCGGAGUGCAAGCCGGGGGAGAGCUGACCUGCCCUUGGACCUGACCUCGCCAGCAGCCCCUGCCUCCCCCUCCCCUCUGAGCCACAGCCCUUUAUCUCUAGAUGCACAGGAGGCUCUCACAGUACCACCCUCCUCCCCGGGAACAUCUCAGCAUCCCCCAGCAAGUGUCAGGGAUCCCGAGCCCAAACCAAACCCAGAACCCGAGGCAGAGGUGGGGCAGGUUGCUGAUGAGGCCAGCCAGGAAAUAGCCCCUGCAGACACCGAGAGCCAGUUGGAGAGAGCACUGGAGCACGAGCCAGAAGAAAAAGCCUCCCUCAGUGAAAAAGAGAGGCAGAAUGAAGAAGUGAACGAGAGGGACAACUGUUCUAGCAUCUCGUCUUCCAGCAGCACCUUGGAGAGGGAGGAGAAGGAGGACACGCUCUCCAGGGACCGAGGAACUGGUUUGUGGUCCUCGGGCGUCCAGGAUGCUGGUGUAAAUGAACAGUGUGGUGACAUCCUCACCAACAAACGGUUCAUGUUGGACAUGCUGUAUGCCCAUAACAGAAAGCCCACCAAUGACGAGGAGAAGGAGGAGGGUGAGACAGGGAGGACUGAGCAGGGCGCAGAGGCAGUAGCCAGCCUGGCCAGCAGGAUAUCCACCCUGCAGGCCCACUCGCAGGCCCAAGACGAGAGCAUCAGGAAGUUGGACGUUGACUGUCUGGACAAUCGGGGCAGUGUGAAAGCCUUUGCCGAGAAGUUCAACAGCGGGGACCUGGGGAGAGGGUCUGUCUCUCCUGAUGAUGAGCCCAAUGACAGGGUUCUGGAGAAAGCUCUGGCACAGCCCAAGACAGAGUCUGACUACAUCUGGGACCAGCUCAUGGCCAAUCCACGAGAACUCAGAAUUCAAGACAUGGAUUUCACCGACCUGGGGGAGGAGGAUGACAUUGACGUCCUGGAUGUGGACCUGGGUCACAGGGAGACCCCAGGGCCACCACCCCCACCCCCACCCACCUUUCUGGGUCUGCCACCCCCACCCCCUCCACCCCUGUUGGACAGCGUGCCCCCCCCUCCAGUCCCCGGUAAUUUAUUGGCUCCUCCUCCAGUGUUCAACGCUCCUCAGGGCUUAGGGUGGCCCCAGGUACCCAGGGGUCAUCCGGCAUUCUCGAAGAAAAAGAAGACCAUCCGUCUAUUCUGGAAUGAAGUUCGGCCUUUUGAGUGGCCAUGUAAAAACAACCGACGCUGCCGGGAAUUCCUGUGGUCAAAACUGGAACCCAUUAAAGUGGACACGUCCAGACUGGAGCAUCUAUUUGAAUCUAAAUCCAAGGAACUGUCUGUCACAAAGAAAACUGCUGCAGAUGGAAAAAGACAGGAGAUCAUCGUGCUGGAUUCCAAAAGGAGCAACGCCAUUAAUAUUGGUCUGACGGUCCUGCCCCCUCCGAGAACCAUUAAGAUUGCCAUUUUGAAUUUUGAUGAAUAUGCCUUAAACAAAGAAGGAAUUGAGAAAAUUCUCACCAUGAUUCCCACCGAAGAGGAGAAGCAGAAGAUCCAGGAAGCUCAGCUGGCCAACCCUGAGGUACCCCUGGGCAGCGCAGAGCAAUUCCUCCUCACCCUCUCCUCCAUCAGCGAGCUGUCAGCUCGGCUCCACCUCUGGGCCUUCAAAAUGGAUUAUGAAACCAUAGAGAAGGAAGUGGCGGAACCACUUUUGGAUCUGAAGGAAGGAAUAGACCAGUUGGAGAACAAUAAAACCUUGGGCUUUAUCCUGUCUACCCUGUUAGCCAUUGGGAACUUUCUAAAUGGAACCAAUGCCAAAGCGUUUGAGUUAAGCUACCUCGAGAAGGUUCCAGAAGUCAAAGACACCGUGCACAAACAAUCACUUCUCCACCAUGUGUGCACCAUGGUGGUGGAAAACUUCCCAGACAGCUCUGAUCUGUACUCGGAGAUUGGGGCCAUCACCCGGUCAGCAAAGGUUGACUUUGAUCAACUUCAGGAUAAUUUAUGUCAGAUGGAGAGAAGAUGCAAAGCUUCAUGGGAUCACCUCAAGGCAAUUGCAAAACAUGAAAUGAAACCAGUGUUAAAACAACGAAUGUCAGAAUUCCUAAAAGACUGUGCAGAGCGAAUUAUCAUUUUAAAAAUUGUCCAUAGGCGAAUAAUUAACAGAUUCCACUCCUUUUUGCUCUUUAUGGGCCAUCCGCCCUAUGCGAUUCGGGAGGUGAACAUAAACAAGUUCUGCAGGACCAUCAGUGAAUUUGCACUGGAGUAUCGCACUACCAGGGAGAGGGUUUUGCAGCAGAAACAGAAACGGGCCAACCACAGAGAGAGGAAUAAGACCAGAGGGAAGAUGAUCACUGAUACUGAUGAAGAAGAUGAAGUUGAGUCUGGCAAGUUCUUGGGCAGUUCUCCGGCACCUUCAAGCCAACCACAGGGUCUGAGCUAUGCUGAGGAUGCUGCUGAGCAUGAGAACAUGAAGGCUGUGCUGAAAACCUCAUCUCCCACCACGGAGGAUACCACCCCCGUGCUGGGGGUCAGAACACGCAGCCGCGCAAGUCGAGGAUCCACUAGCUCAUGGACUAUGGGAAUUGAUGACUCACCUAAUGUCACAGAUGAUGCAGCUGAUGAGAUCAUGGACCGCAUUGUCAAGUCAGCCACCCAAGUGCCCAGUCAGCGAGUGGUGCCUCGGGAAAGGAAGCGAUCCAGGGCCAACAGGAAAUCAUUGCGAAGGACCCUGAAGAGUGGCCUGACUCCAGAAGAAGCCAGAGCCCUGGGCCUGGUUGGCACCUCGGAGUUGCAGCUGUGA